AGAACAGCACGGUACUUUCAGACGACAAGCGCAACUAUUCUUGUACUCGUUACUCCUUUUUAAAGGUAUCGAUUAAUCUUUUUUGAAAUGUCUCACCAGGUUCCAGUGCAUUUCCCAGACCUUCACCAGUGUUUAGUGCCAUGUCAAAGAUACUUUUCAAAUGGAGCAGGUUGUUGACGAGAAACCAGGCCUUGUUCGGAGGGGCUUCAUCAGGAAAACGACACGCUUCGGACUGCAGUCCUUCGAAAACGUGUCUCUACGAUUUCCACGUGAAGAACGGCGGGAAAAUGGUGAACUUUGCGGGUUAUUUGAUGCCUCUGCAAUACGGAAGCGUGGGGAUUGCUGAAUCCCAUCGACACACCAGGGAACAUUGUUCUCUGUUCGACGUGUCACACAUGUUGCAGCAAGUGGUGACAGGGAAACAUGCAGCGGAUUUCUUGGAGUCACUGACUGUCGGCGACUUGAAGGAGCUGCAGAUUGGCGAAGGAACUCUGUCACUGUUCACCAACUGCAGAGGCGGCAUAAUUGACGACCUCAUCUGUAAUCGCAUCGGGGACGAGUCCUUUUACGUAGUCUCCAAUGCUGGGAGACGUGACAGCGAUUUAAAGCUCAUGAACCAGCAAUUAGAAGAGUUCAAGAAAGAUUCCAAGGAUGUGAACAUCGAACAGCUCGACUCGUCCUUUGGCCUCGUCGCUCUGCAAGGCCCAGAAUCUUCUCAAGUGAUGCAAGCACUGGUGGAAAUAGAUAUGACAUCCUUGAAAUUCAUGCGGACCACGGAAUGCACUGUGGCAGGGAUCCAGAACUGCAGAGUGACCAGGUGUGGCUACACUGGCGAGGAUGGAGUUGAGAUUUCAGUACCUUUGCGGAACACUCAAGCCCUGGCAGAAACACUUUUAACCACGUCCAAGGGUUCGGUGAGACUUGCAGGACUUGGAGCCAGGGACACCUUGAGAAUAGAAGCAGGACUUUGUCUGUAUGGCUCUGAUAUCAAUGAAGGCACUACCCCAGUGGAAGCAUCUCUGGGUAAUGUGAUUUUCCAUUUGAAGUAA